GUCAUGAUGAUACUGCUCGACAAAGGUUUCAAUUACCAGGUAGGAGGUUUUGCUUUGUCCACCAUAGCAUGGAUUCUUUGCAUUACCUCCAUGGGUCUCCCGCAGUGGCGAGUGUGGUACAUGAAGGAACCCAUGAUCUCUUACCCUAGUGUGGCCUUUGUGGGAGUGUGGAAAAUCUGCAUCUACCACCAUGACAACUCCAGCAAUAUUAGAACAUGUUACAAAUACAGCUACUAUGACACCUUCGUCCCUUUGGAUAUUCGUAUUUCUCAACACUUACUGCUGAUCACCAGCAUUUUCUGGAUGAUUGGAAAAGCGGCCACCAUUGUUGCUCUUAGAAAUAUGUACACAGGAAGACAAGAGCAGAAUGUUACCCAUAAUGCCUUUGGCCUUGCAGCAAUUCUGAACAUCAUUGCCAGUAGCUUUGUCUUCCUGGCUGUCUUGUGCAAUUAUUUCUCCGUUGUAAACAAGGAGGGGAUUGCCUUUCCAUCCUCUUUCCAUAUGCCCCUUUAUCCACAAAGUCAGAAAGCUGGGGCUGCCAUGGGUAUGGCAUUUCUAGCAGCUGUCCUGUUUUUGUUCAGUGGUGUGAUUUUUAUUUCUUACACGGUUCCCUUAAGCAUCCAAGUCUUUCCUGAUAUCUGAAAAUGAAUUUACUUCACCUUGAAAAAUCCAAAAUUCCCUGUGGUUAUGGCAAGGAUUUUGGAGAUGUCUACCUAAAGUCCUAAAGUUUCCAAAGACUCAACAAUGCUCAAAUAGCCUGUGACAGAAAAUGGUUCAAUGGCUCCUUUUGUUAUCUUUUCUGUCUUAUUUGUUUCAUUACUUCAUUGGUUGGAUUAUGGACUUCUAUUAAA